AUGGCUUUGAAAAUAUUGCUGGAACAAGAGAACGCAUUCUUCACCAUCAUAGUGCUGCUAGCCUACUUGCCAUGUAAAGUGAUCUGUGAAACGGGAGACUGUCGGCAGCAAGAAUUCCGGGAUCGGGCUGGAAAUUGUGUACUUUGCAGACAGUGUGGCCCGGGCAUGGAGCUGUCUAAGGAAUGUGGCUUUGGCUAUGGAGAAGAUGCUCAGUGUGUGACAUGCAGGCCACACAGGUUCAAGGAGGACUGGGGCUUCCAGAAGUGCAAGCCGUGUCUCGACUGUGCCCUGGUGAACCGUUUUCAGAAGGCCAACUGCUCCGCCACCAGCGACGCCGUCUGUGGGGACUGCCUCCCGGGGUUUUACAGGAAGACGAAGCUGGUUGGUUUCCAGGACAUGGAGUGCGUGCCUUGUGGAGACCCUCCUCCUCCUUAUGAGCCUCUCUGUGCCACCAAGGUCAACCUGGUGAAGAUCCCGGCCUCGGCCUCCAGCCCUCGGGACACAGCCCUGGCGGCUGUCAUCUGCAGCGCUCUGGCCGCUGUGCUGCUGGCCCUGCUGGUUCUCUGUGUCAUCUACUGUAAGCGGCAGUUCAUGGAGAAGAAGCCCAGCUGGUCACUGAGAUCUCAGGAUGUCCAGUACAACGGGUCUGAGCUGUCCUGCUUUGACCGGCCAGGGCUCAGUGAGCCCGCACACCGGGCCUGCUGUCAGUGCCACCGCGAUGCUGCCCAGGCCUGUGGGCCUGUGCACUUGGUUCCAGCGUUGUGCCGGGACGAGGUCCGCAGUGUGGCCCGGGCGGCCCUUGGCUGUGCCAUGCAUGCCAAGACGGGGCUCCAUGACAGGGCCACGGGCUCCAUGGGGGAGAUGGUACCAGCGUUCUUUGGCUCCCUGUCCCGCUCCAUCGGCAGCGAGUUUUCGGAUGCCUGGCCGCUGAUGCAAAGUCCCAUCUGUAGUGACAGCAUCUCCUUCUGUGAAUCUUACCCUGAACUCACUGGCGACGAUCUUAAUGCACUCAACCCAGAAAGCGAGAACGAUGCAUCUUCAGAUUUAAACAACAGCCAGGAUUCGGUUGGCAGAGCUACUCCGACUCAAACUCAUUCUGAAAACAUUACAGAAACUGGUAAUGUCUCUAGACGGAACCCCAUGCCCACGGAGCCAGCACUUACACAGGACGCCCAGGAUCAGGGGGACGCCCUGAACCUCCCCACCUCUUCCCUCCAGACGGGUCAGCACGGUGGCUGCAACGUCAGCCAGACAGGUCAGCACAGUGGCUGCAACGUCAGCCAGACGGGUCAGCACGGUGGCUGCAACGUCAGCCAGACAGGUCAGCACAGUGGCUGCAACGUCAGCCAGACGGGUCAGCACGGUGGCUGCAACGUCAGCCAGACAGGUCAGCACGGUGGCUGCAGUGUCAACCAGACAGGUCAGCAUGGCUGCAUCGUCAACCAGACGGGUCAGCACGGUGGCUGCAACGUCCAGCUUAAGCACAACAGAGGUUGUGAGGACGGCACCGAACCAGGCAGGGUGUGUGUGCUGUACACGCGUCAGGGCCUCUUUGGCAGCAUCUAA